AUGUGGUUCGAGAUUCUCCCAGGCCUCACCAUCAUGGGCGUGUGCUUGGUCAUUCCUGGGGUGUCCACUGUGUACAUCCACAAGUUCACCAAUGGGGGCAAGGAAAAAAGAGUUGCUCGAUUUCGUUACCAGUGGUAUUUGAUGGAAAGAGACAGACGUGUCUCUGGAGUCAAUCGCUACUGAAUCCAGGGGCUUGGAGAAUAUUGACUAAGGAAGCAUUUUCCUGGCUGAUGAAAGACAAUUACUCAGCUAUGGUCACCUAUUCUUGCUAGAAGGCAAAUGCAGCAUAUUAUAUACUAUGUGCAUGAUAUGUA